AUGGCAAAUUUUGAUCUGAUGCCAUUCUUGGCCAUGGUGAUCGUGCAAGUGGGAUACGCAGGAAUGAGCUUCAUAUCGAAGCUGGCCAUGGACGACGGAAUGAACCCUUUUGUGCUCAUCACCUAUCGCCAAAUCAUUGCCACCGUUGCGACCGCCCCUUUCGCUUUCUUCUUGGAGAGGAAGACAAGACCGAAGAUUACAGUGCCAAUCCUGUUCCAUAUUUUUUUAAGUUCCCUUACUGGGGCUUUCAUGAGCCAAGUUUUCUUUUUUCUUGGCCUGGACAAUUCGAGUCCCAUAAUCACAGGAGCAAUGACCAAUACCCUCCCCGCCAUGACAUUUGUGUUCGCCCUGAUCUUCAAACAAGAAUCAUUCAGUAUCAAGACAAAGGCGGGGCGAGCGAAAGUGGUUGGAACAUUGCUAUGCGUGGGUGGAGCGAUGCUGCUCUCGUUUUACCAUGGGCACACCAUUGCAGGUAGUAACUCUGGUAUUAAUUGGAACUAUGCAGAGAAAAUGACAGAUAAACGCUCAACCCAUAAAAGCCACUCCAUCUUGGGACCUUGCCUUCUCUUUUGUAGCUCUUCUAGCUGGGCUCUUUGGUUCAUCAUCCAAGCGAAAUUGAGCCCUACAUUUCCAGCUCCUUACACUACCACAACACUAAUGUGUCUCAUGGCUAGCAUCGAAUGUUCAAUCGUUGGUGCUGCUACUGAAUGCAAUGCUGUUGCCUGGUCUUUGAGAUCCAUGAUCCGGCUCAUCACAGUUUUCUAUGCGGGUAUUGUGAGUUCAGCGCUCGUGUUCUGCAUUAUGUCCUGGUGUGUCCACAGAAAAGGCCCGCUCUAUACCUCCGUCUUUAGCCCUUUGUUGCUCGUCAUGUCGACCCUCCUGAGCUGGGCACUUCUUGGCGAGAAACUAUAUGUUGGAACAUUGGUAGGGGCUGUGCUCGUCAUUGUCGGGCUCUACCUUGUUUUGUGGGGCAAGGGCAAGGAAGCAGAGCGAGCAAGAAUCACUAAUGAGGUGGAAGCAGCAGCCGAGUACUGCGAGAAAGAAGACUCAGAGUUGCAGCUUCAACCUCACGCAAACUGCAAAAGUCGGCAGUAUCCAAAUUGA